AUUAAUAAUCUAAUGCAUUUUCCAGGCGGGACCCCAUGGUCCCUCCGUUCUCCGUUGGAGGAGCAGAUCUGGAUCCCUUCGGGUCCCGUGGUGGUGGCGGGAUGAUCCUGGACCCCCUGCGGUCGGGGUAUCCUCGCUCUGGUUUUGACCCAUCAAGUGGAAUACCAGACAUCCUGCCUCCUGGAGCUGUUCCCCAGGGGGCUCGCUUCGACCCGUUUGGACCAGUUGGACGACCCAGACCAGGGCCGGACCCGGACCACAUGCCCCCCCCGGGGUAUGACGACAUGUUCAUGUAGUGCUUCCUUCUUUUCUACUCCCUGUUUGCUACUCACGACAACAUCCUGUCCUCCAGCCAAUAGGAGGAAGAUCUCCUCUUCCCCCCCUGCAGGGUUUGAUCCGCUUUAGUGGCCUGAAAAUAAAAAUGUUUGCCUUUUUUAUUUUCCCGUUUUUGAGAAAGAGGGUUUCAUAUUAUUGGUUUCUUAUAACUUAUGUACAACUCGUGUAUAUAACUUGUGUAGAAGUUCCCUUAGUGAUAAAUAUACAUCAGCAAAUGUGCUUUGUUUCCUCUGCUUCCUGGAGGAUAGAAGUGAGUUUAGAUGAUUAUUGUCCCAUUAAACUGCAUCUUGUAGUUCUAAUUUAUGCAUAAUAAAGAACAAGCGCUUGUAUUUCUGUUGUGGAGACAUCAGAAGAGCAUGACAUAUGGUUCCUUACAGCUGUUUUGUUUGGAUUGUUGUUGAUUCUACAACAUAGUUGAUGAAAUAUCCCAUGCCAAAAUAAAAGUCUUAGAUUAACAA